AUGACCGAGAGCGAUCUGGUGUCAGGGCGUGAUGAACGUCAGCAGCCAGCUCCAGGUGACCCUGCAGUCGGGGAGCACGCGUCUGAGCUGUGCGCUGCAGAGCUGCAGGGCAAAAUCCAGCAGUUUGAAGCUGCCAACAAGGUGUUACAGGAAAAGCUGAAUGAAUUGAAUUUUGAAUUGAAAUCUGUCCAAGAAACAUCGCAGAGGCAAGAUCAUACAAUCCAGAGUCUGAACGAGGCCCUGAAGAGCAAAGAGAGUAAGGCAGAAGAGCUGUACCGUAUCAUCGAAGGGCAAAAUGAGACAAUGGCCAAGCUGCAGGACAUGUUACACAGAAACCAUCUGGGACAGUUGCAGAUGUCAGAGAGCUCACUCUCAUCCCAGGAGCAGCAAAUGUCAGUGCUAGAUCUUCAGAACACGCUUUUCUGCACCAAGCUGGAGUUGCAGAAGCUAAAAAGAGUUCAGCGGCAGAAAGAGCAUCAACUGGCUGAAGCCAGGAGAGCAACCCAGCUCCUCGAGACCAUGGUGCGUGAGGAAGAGCAGCAAAAAGAGGCAACCUGGAAACACAACCAGGAGCUGCGUGCUGUGGUACAGCAGCUGCAGGCAGAGCUGCAGGACAAGGCUCAGCAGCUCCAGACUGUGGAGUGGGAGAAAUGCCGGGAGCUGCAGGCCCAGGAGCAGAGAGUUCAGCGUUUGAAUCAGCAUUUGGCUCGCAAGGAGCAGCUCCUGCAGGAAUCGAGGGAGCUUCUGCAAUGCCAGCAAAGCUUGGACAAGAGCCCUGCAGCCGUGAAUGCCAUGCUGGAGAAACUGCAGCAGCGAGUCAGUGACAGGGAUGCUGCUUUGGAGCGAGCAGUAGAUGAGAAGUUCUGUGCCCUGGAGAAGAAGGAGCAAGAGCUGCAGCGGCUUCAUCUCUCAAUAAGGGAGCGUGGAAGUGACCUGGAGAGACUGCGCAAUGUGCUGUCCAGCAACGAGGCCACCAUUCACAGCCUGGAGAGCCUCCUGAAAGCCAAAACCCUGGAACUAGAGCAGGUCUCAGCAACCUGCCAAAACCUCCGCUGGCUCAAGGAGGAGAUCGAGGCCAAAUCCUGCAGCAGGCAGAAGGAGCAGGAGGGCAUCAUCCAGCAGCUGCAGACCUGCCUGCAUGACAGGAACAAGGAAGUGGAGGAGCUUACAGCAACUCUGCUGUGCAAGCUGGGCCCAGGACAGAGUGAGGUAGCAGAGGAGCUGUGCUUGCGUCUCCAGCACAAGGAGAAAAUGCUGCAGGAUCUCCUCAGCGACAGAAAGCGUCAGACCAUGGAGCAUGAUGCUGAAAUCCAGGAGCUGCUACAGGCCAUUAGCACCAAGGAGCAGCAGAGCAGAGUGGCUGCUGAGAAGAUGGCACAUGCUUUGGCUGAAAGGAGCUGUGAGCUGCAACUCCUGCGUCAGCAUAUGUUGGGAAAGGAGCCUGCUGGGACCCAGUCAGCUGGUGCUAGGCUGCUGAAGCAGGACAAACAGCCCAUACAAGAAAUACUGCAGAGAGCUUGUGGAGCUACAGCCAUUGCUGGACCCCCAGGGGGGGACAGCAGCUGCAAGACAGAGGGAGUUACGACGUCGGCAGUGGAACUGGAGAAGGAUCUUGUUAACGCCAAAGAGGAGCUGGAGCUAAUGGCAAAGAAAGAAAGGGAAAGCAGGCGGGAGCUCGCUGCUCUCCAGUCUAUUGUGGCCAGACAGGAGGAAGAGCUGCAGGUGCAGGCCUCGGAUAUAGAGUCCUUGACCAGGACCAUCCAGAUCAAAGAGGACCUCAUCAAGGAUCUGCAGAUGCAGCUGGUGGAUCCUGAAGAAAUUCCAGCCAUGGAAAGGCUGACACAAGAAGUGCUGGUGCUUCGGGAGAAGGUGGCCAUAGCAGAGUCACGAGGACAGGAGGCUACUGGAAACAGAAGGCAGCAGUUGUUACUGAUGCUGGAAGGGCUGGUGGCUGAGAGGAAUCGGUUAAAUGAGGCUCUCCAGGCAGAGAGGCAGCUCUAUGGCAGCCUGGUAAAGUUUCACACACACCCAGACAGUGCUGCGAGAGACCACACUCUGCAGGUGGAGCUGGAGGGGGUCCAUGAGCUCCGGGGACAGCUGGAAGAAGCUCUUGGAAGAAGCUUGGAGCGUUUGAGCAGGCUGGAGACACGGGGCGCCAUAGGAGGUCAGGCUACAGGCACAGAUGCUGAUAAGGCCAGCACCAACUUCACAGAUACCAUCAAGGAGAAGGCAGCACAUAGCACGGCAACCCAGCACUUGGACACUGCACUAGUGCGGAGCCAUGUCCUGGCCCCUUUAGAAACAUCCCUCCCCUGGGCUUCUAAGGAAAGCAGGGGCACUGAAGGAACCCUGAUGGAGAGCACGGCACCGAACGUGCUGGAGCGGGAGCUGCGGGCGGAAGAGGAGCUGCGGGAGCUGAAGGCGCAGCUGGAGGAAGCCGGCUUCUCCUCCGUCUCCCAUAUCAGAAAGGCAAUGCUGAGCUUGUGCCUGGAGAACGCAGAGCUGAAGGAGCGGAUGGGUGAAGCCACAUCACUACUGGAGAGUGGAGAGCAGGAGGAGGCUGGGCUGGGCAGCCCUCUGGUCCCUGAGCCCCGCAAGCUGCGGCGGAAGAGCUGCAAUGCCCUUGGGGACUGCCCAGCCAGUGGCAGCGAGGAUGGUCAGAGUGUCCCAGCAGAGAAGGAAGCUGUGCCUGCCAAACGCCCAGCACUGGAGGCACGAUCCCAGGAUGAUAUGCCCAAGAGACCCUGCCCUGGACCCCUGGGCAAAGGGAGUGGAAGCCAUGCGAGGGACACGGUCCCUGGCAGGGACUGGCCAAGGUUGGGUGCAGAGCUGUGCUCCCAGGUGGCACAAGGCCAAAGGGAGUGGCAGGAGCUGCAUGAUUUUUUUUUGGUGCGGGCACAAGCCAAGCAGCUGGAGAAGUUUCACAUCCUGCUCCCAGGUGAACCCCAUGCCCAGCAGCUUAGCAAGCAAGUGCAGGUGGACUUCCAGGACCUGGGCUAUGAGACAUGUGGGCGAAGUGAAACCGAAGCUGACCGAGAUGAGACCACCAGCCCCGAGUGCGAAGAGCCGGAUGUGUUCAGCGAGCCUAGCCUGGGUGAGGAGCUGCAAUCCCCGCGGCGGCCAGGGAUGUCCAGGGCUGCCCGGAAAGCCAUGGCCUUGGCAGACGUGGGAGCCCUGCACCAGCACAUCCAGGACCUUAAGGCUCAGCUACUCAAUGCUAACAAGGUGAUUCAGAGCCUGCAGCGCCGUGCCCGCUCUGUCUCCAUGACCAGUGGCUACACCUCAGGCACUGAGCGGCCUCCGCCAGACCCCAAAGCCCUGGAUUCCACAGCCCACAGCCUCACCGACGAGGAUGAGGGCUGGCAGUCGGAUGGCCACGGCACCCUCUGCCCGCCUGCCCUGCGCGACCUGCAGCACCUCGUGCAGCGUGUCGCCCUCCUUGAGGCACAACUGCCCACAAUCAAGCCCUUGACCAAGGAGCUGCAAUCUGCCACUUGGCCUGGGAAGUCCGACUCGUUGAUCCAAGCGCAGGCUCGGGAGCUCCCCCACCUGCGGCAGAUGCUGCGGGAGGGCCGUGGGGUGAGCCGCAGCCUGGCACAGCACCUGCGCGAUGCCCUGCGGUCCUUCGAGGACCUCCUCCGUGGCACCGACAUCGACUACUACCUGGGCCAAGGCUUUCGAGAGCAGCUGGCCCAGGGCAGGCAGCUGGCCGAUAGGCUCAGUGACAAGCUGGGCACCAGAGAUCAGCAAGAUGGGGAGGAUAAAACCAGCCAUGAACUCCUGGCACUAAGGCUCAGCCGGGAACUUCAGGAGAAGGAGAAGGUGAUUGAGAGUCUGGAGGCAAAGCUGCAGGAACGCUGCGAGUCCCCAGGUAGCAGCCGCCCGCCCUCCGAGUCAUCCCACUCUGCAACCAGCUCCUCCUUCGUGUCCGAGGGGCUGGAACCCUGCUCUGAUGGAGAUGCAGCCAGCGAAUGCAGCCAGUGCCGUGAGGAGCCUCCCCGACUAACAGCUCCCCAGCUCCUGGGCUGCUGUGGGAAGCCCGUCUGCUCCCUGGCCGAGGCGCAGCAGGAACUGCAGGUGCUCCAGAGGCAGCUGGGAGAAAGUGUGACACUGCCCAUGGCAACAGCAAAGGCCACAGACCCACUGAGCACCUUCAGAGAGGGCAGCAAAGCCCCAGCAUCUCUCUGCCAACACGGUGCACUGCAGAACCUGGCUGAGAUCCCUGGGGCCACCAAGACCUGCACCCCCUGGGAGGUACCCUCUCCCAGCCGACUCCUAUAUGGGGCCCUGCCAUUGGGGUACCCCUCCAGCCAGAAGCUAACAGGGGCAGACCUGCUGGAGGAACACUUAGUGGAAAUUCGCAGCCUGCGACAGCGCCUUGAGGAGUCCAUCUGCACCAAUGACCGGCUCCGGGAGCAGCUUGAACGUCGCCUGGCUUCUGCCGGCAAGGCCAGCGGAUUGCCCAGUGAUGUCUAUGCCCAGAUGCCGGAGCCAGGGCUACAGCUGAGUGGGGAGAACCAGGCCCUGCGCGAGGAGAACCGGACCCUGCGGCUCCAGCAGCUGGCACGGGUGCAGGAGGCCCUCCUGGCUGCCUGCUCACGGGCACGGGAGGCUGAAGCAGAGCUGGGCCAGAGGCGUGGGGAGCAGCAGAGGCUGGCGGAGGAGCUUGCCGAGCGCCAAGACAGUGUCCGGCAGCUCCGUGAUGAGCGGCACUCUCUGCAGGAGGACAACACCAGGCUGCAGCACACAGUGACGCUUCUGGAGCAGCAGUGCGAGGAGCACCGCAUGCUCCUGCAGACCCUGCGCACAGAGCUGCAUGUCUACGAGAGCCUCCCUGGCCCCUCUGCUGAGACCCGUGCAGGCUGUUUCCCGUCUCCUCCGGUGCGGGAUGUUGGCACCAGCUCAGCAGCUCCUCUCUUCUCCCCACUGCCCUCUGACACAUCUGUGGCCCGGCAGAUGGACG